AUAUGUGUGUUUGUGAAGGCUCGAGUUGGUAUGGCGUGUCGUGUGCUCAAGCAGUACCUUUUUCAGUAUCAAGGAUACAUCAGUGCUGCUCUUGUGUUGGGUGGUGUUGAUAUCACUGGACCUCAUCUGUACAGUAUUUAUCCUCACAGCAGUACAGGCACGUUGCCGUAUGUGACGAUGGAAUCGGGUUCACUUGCUGCGAUGGCUGGGUUUGAAGCACAUUACCAUCCUGACAUGGAGGAGGAGGAUGCCAAGUUAUUGGUACGCAAUGCAAUAGCAGCCGGAGUUUUCAAUGAUUUGGGUUCUGGUACCAACAUCGACUUGUGUGUUAUCACGGCUGACAAGACAGACUACCUCAGACCUUUCGAUGAAGCCAAUGUGAAAGGAGAGAGACAAGAAGAUUACAGCUAUAAGAGAGGAACAACAGCUGUUUUGCAUGAGCGUGUCGUUCCUUUCCAUUUGAAGUGACAGACAAGCAAGUGAGACAGCUGGUAGAGGAACAAAUGGAGACAUAGAGAUUAAUGUAGAGGAAAUGGAUGGUGAUAGAAAACUGGGUGUUGAAUAGAUUAAUGUUGAUAAAGAGAGAAAAUGAUGGCUUGUAGACUGAUCUGUGAAAGAUGCUUGAUGUUGUCACUUAAUUAAUAGUUGUGUGUGUGUGUGUGUGUGUGUGUGUGUGUGUGUGUGUGUGUGUGUGUGGUGUGUGUGUGUGUGUGUGUGUGUGUGUGUGUGUGUGUGUGUGGUGUGUACCAG